UUUUUGGAACGUGUAAUUCUAAGCAAUGUUAUAUAGAGCAGUUUUUAAUAUUGUACAGAGAACAAUAUGUACAAAUACACACAUGUUUUGUGCAUCAAAAAAUAUAUCAAAGUUUAAUCAUGGCCGAUAUAGUUUAUUUGUAGAUUGUUCACAUUUACAACAGAACCUUGCUUUUGUAACAUUCAAAAGAUUCAAGAGCAAAAUAAGCAUAUCAAAACAUAACAAGCAUGAAGAACAAGAGCAAGAAAACGAAGGUGAAUUAGAUGUUGAUGAUUACUUAAAUACCGAAAAGGCGAAAAUAAUUAAAAGUACAGUACCUUCUCUUCGAUUGGAUGUUGUCGCUAAAGUUGGAUUUGGAAUAUCACGCACUAAACUGGAGAAAGAAUUUUACAAGAGUAAUUUGCGUCUAAAUGGAAAUAAAUGUUUAAAAAAGAGUGAAAUGGUUCAAAUUGGAGAUGAAAUAGAUUAUAUUGUUUCCAAAAGUCCUGAUAAUCCUGCUAACUUAAUAGUAAAUCGAUGUAUACUACUAUCAGCUAACAUAAACAGCGAAUCAGAUGUUAUUUUAGUAAAAUUAGUUCAAAAUAAAUCUUUAUUAAUUGAAGAUUACAAUGACAAAUGGAAUAAGGCUAAAUAA